CAAACCAGUGGCUAAACAGAGUUUCAAACUAAGGACCUCAUCGCUUGAAGAACACUUGCAGCCUAGGAAUGGAGAAAGUCCCCAGAAUCACCAACAUACCAAAAAUGUGGGACCUCGACCCUUGUUCCAAAGGAGAGGUACAGCAAUGGAGGACUUGAAUGGCCCAUUCCCACAUCUUACUGAAGAACAGCAAGGCGUCUUCCAGAGGAGUUUUACUGCUGAUGCCAAGUACUUGGAGAACCAUGAGAAAAUGAACCAGUCCUUCUGGGAAUCACUUGUAAAAUGUUUAGCCACCACCAAUCCACCUAUUCUGAAUACCGAAGAACAGAACAAUCUCCUCAAGAGCUGCAAUGUCCUGCCUGGAGGCUGUACAGCCUGUCUGAAAGCCAUAGAGAAGAAAGGAGCCAAGGCAAUGGCUGUUCUUUACCUCUUCAUGAAGACAACCAACCCAUCUGGGUAUAGGCAGCUGCCCAGCUGCAAGGAAAAGGAUGAAAAAUUCAAACUCCUGAAGCGAUUGGAAAGGAAUCUCAUGCUUUCACAAGGGGCAAAAAGAGCUGAAAACUCACCCCAUGAGUCCAUGGAUGAAGAUAUACAAGACAGCGAUGAGGAAGAUUUAGGAAAACAGAAGACUGAAGGCAAAUUACUUGGAGGGAAAGCAGCAGAGGUUGCUCCCUAUGGACAUUCAGAGAUUACCAGAAGAGAAGAUUCAGCUGGGGACGCAUAUGAGAACACUCGCCUCCGUCAGUGGGCAGUGCGGUGGAUGGGCAUACGGAAGGAUGAUGAAUUCUUUCAUUUUGUCAUUCUUUGCUUUGCAAUUGGAGCUUUACUAAUUUGUUACUACUACUACAAAGAUUGGACUAUUUCUCUUGGAACUGGUUUAAUCACCUUUGCUUCCCUGGAAACCACAGGGAUAUACUUUGGUCUAGUGUAUCGAAUUCGGAGCGUACUUGACAGUUUCGUUCCUCUGAUCGACAAAUUCAGGCCAACAGGUAUGAGGAAAGCUGCCUAGGAGGAGUAUUUCAGGAGAGCUCCACAAAAUCCUGCUGCCUGAAUUUCUGGGAUUAAAAGAACUGGUUCAUGAGGCAAAGAUAAAAAUCUAAUAGCUGAUGUGAAAUAUUAAACCACAGAAAGACAUCAUUCCCGCAAAAACAAGGCUGAAACUGCGUUACAGCAUCCCAUUCUUUCUUCUGAAGUGUUGUGUGGCUCAGCAGACCUCCUAAGACAAUCUAGUUAUAGGUUUAUAUUUAAUUCCAUUAAAUAUAAACACAUUGUCCUUCCCUCACCCACGCAACUGUGUUAGUCUGCCUAUGCUGUACCAAAAUCCAAACAAUCCAAAACAAAAUGACCGAUAUUAUCCUCAGCUGGUUCAGGAUUAGGCUCUGGAUGCUUCAGUAGGAAUCUUGGCAGCCACCGAGCCGCCUCCUCAUCACCCCUUGUGAUGCUGCGCACCAACAAACACCAGCUGCUUGCUUACACAGUUGAGCCCCAACAGUGCAAUAGCACUGGAGCAGAUUAAUUUAUUGUGGCAGAACUCAAUGCAGUGGGUGUAUAAUGAUUUCACCCAGGGAAAGCUGGGUGAGAUUUUACACACAGUGACAUAAUGGUGCAGUAAUGAGACUAUUAACAGCAGCAAAUUUCAUCUCUUCUGAGAGGAAAAAUAAAGUGCUUGAUUUGACUCAACCCCUAAUGUUUUUCUUUCUUCGAGUAAAAUAAGGUGCAACUUAGACAUUGCUUUCAUUUCAUAAGGACAGGUUACACAUUAUAUAUGUAGGGCUAAUGCAAUCAUAAGCAUACUGAAAAAAAAAAAAAAAAGGUACAACUUUACAUUUUUACUAAAAUUUAACGUCUUCAUACCUACAGGAGGAAGGCAUCAACUCAGACAGAAAGAGCUAUAAAACAUGAAGUUGUAAGGAAAUGUAGAUUAAAAGUCAUUAGCCCAAACAGCCCAGAGUUUUAGAGAAGCAAUUUCAAACCUUGCUUAGACCAUUAACACACUUUUUAUUUGUACUUAAUUUUAAAUUUUAAGCACCAGUGUUGAUCAUUCUUGCAUGUUGCAGUUCCAUUUGUACAUCAGAAAUACCAGCUAUCGUUUGCAGGCCUGUAGCAACACAGCACAGCAGUUACCAAACACAUCAGGGAUUAGAUUAAGUAAUAACAAUGAAUAGAAGUUAUUUUGUUGUAUUUAUGUUCUCAUUUACAUGUACUAUUUACAUGUAUUUGUAGAAAGCCUGUUAUACCAAAAUACUGUAUAUUUUGUGUCAUUAGUCUGCAAAUAAAUUCUUGCUGAGACCAGUG